AUAUUCAGUGCACUCUACGCAUCUCGUCAGAUCAUAACCGUCCGCAAAUUACGAAUCGCGUCUGGACCGAGCCGAGUUGGUAACCAAAAAAAAAACAACAACAACAACAACAAUAUCGUACUCCGAAAAGUAGACGAGUUUUGUUUUUUCUCACCAUGAAGUGGAUAGCCGUGUUUUCGUUUCUCGCAAUCAUCGGGGUAGCGUUCGCCGAAAUCGAACAACGAACUGCGCGACAGUCGAUAGAGGAAUCACCGGAGACCUUGGCGUCGUCCUUGAACAAGGACUGCAACAAAUCCUACAGUGCUACCUGCUUGAAAUUGGACGUGGUGUCGUUCGUCGACAAAUUAUCGGAGACCGAAGACCUGGGAAUACUUCCGGGAGUAUCGUUGGUGAAGGAGAAUGAUUCCAAGGACGUUCCCUCCUCGGAAGUGGUGGCCAAUCUGGCCAGGGACUUCCCCAACGACGUUGACAAGAGGCUCGACGCUUACCUCGUCCACAAGGUCGGAAGUUACCUGAACAGUCACGCGAUAUCCAUAAAAUUAUUCGAUCCGAGAACUUUCGAAGCCGCCCGCAGCUUCAACGAGGAGACGCUCAGCCAAUUGGGACUAGGCGGAAACCAGAACGUCGAAACCGGUCGUAAAAAGGACAAAGGUGGUAUGGGCGGUCUGAUGGCGGGUCUCCUGAUGAUGAAGGGUACCCUGGGCGCCGUUGGAUUCGGCGCGCUCGCUCUUCUAGCCGGUAAAGCUCUGAUGACGGGUCUGAUGGCGUUGAUGCUCUCGGCUAUCGUAGGUCUCAAAUCGCUCGCCGGGGGUGGCGAGAAGAAAACGACCUACGAAAUAGUCAGCAAGCCGGUUUACUCCGCUUCCCACACUCACAGCUCGGAGGAACACCACGGCCACGGCUACGGGCACUCGGGUUACGGACGUUCGUUGGACGACGCCCACGAAUCCCUGCAGGACGCCGUGGUGAAAUACGGAAACGUCAGGGAUCGUCGGUCAAUUAAAAACUAAGACCUAGUAUCAAUGCUCAAUGACCAAAAAAAAAAGAAAAAGAAAGAGAC